CUGAGCCUUAAUCCUCAUCGCACCAAUUCUAAACUUUCCUGAAACUCGCUCGCGUCUAUCACCUAAUCCUUAAUGAUGCAUCGCCUCUCCCGGCGCUCGGUCUCCACCGCCCUCCGCGCCCCUGCUACUCGUUACCGGGUCGCCGUAGCUGCUCCAAUCGCCUUCUCCAUUCCCAUCCCUGUCUCGGCAGAGGGUGGUGAUAAUAACAUUAGGUGGUACUCGACAAUAACAGGAGGGAAAUGUAACAGGGCCAGAUAUUCAGCUCAAUUGAACUUGAAAAAUGAUUUGAUUUUGGGAAGCCGAUAUGAGUCAACCGCAACUGCAUCUGAUUCAGGAAAUCCACCUCCACCUGAGAAAUAUGAGUAUCAAGCUGAGGUUAGUCGUCUCAUGGAUCUUAUUGUCAACAGCUUGUACAGCAACAAAGAGGUGUUUCUUCGGGAGCUUAUCAGUAAUGCAAGCGAUGCCUUGGACAAGUUACGGUAUCUAAGUGUUACCGAUUCUCAGCUUUUAAAGGAAGCUGUUGAUCUUGACAUUCGUAUCCAAACUGAUCAAGACAAUGGGAUAAUAACAAUUACUGACUCAGGCAUUGGUAUGACAAGACAAGAACUUGUUGAUUGUCUUGGAACAAUUGCACAGAGUGGAACUGCUAAGUUCUUGAAGGCUGUGAAGGAAAGCAAAGAUGCUGGUACAGACAACAACUUGAUCGGUCAGUUUGGUGUUGGUUUCUAUUCAACAUUUUUGGUUUCUGACAAGGUAGUUGUCUCAACAAAGAGUCCGAAAUCUGAUAAACAAUAUGUAUGGGAAGGAGAGGCAAAUGCAAGCUCCUAUACUAUUCAGGAGGAGACAAAUCCAGAGAAUCUUAUUCCUCGAGGAACACGCCUUACUCUGUAUCUUAAGCAUGAUGACAAAGGAUUUGCCCAUCCAGAACGGAUUCAAAAGCUUGUGAAGAACUAUUCACAGUUUGUUUCUUUCCCAAUUUACACAUGGCAGGAGAAGGGAAUCACUAAAGAGGUCGAAGUUGAUGAGGACCCAGUUGAAUCCAAAGAGACUGGUCAAGAUGGAAACGUUGAGAAAAAGAAGAAAACAAAAAAAGUUGUGGAGAGGUACUGGGAUUGGGAGCUUACGAAUGAAACUCAACCUAUUUGGCUUCGUAAUCCUAAAGAGGUGAUGACAGAGGAAUACAAUGAGUUCUACAAGAAAACUUUUAAUGAAUACUCAGAUCCAUUAGCAUCAUCACACUUUACAACUGAGGGUGAGGUGGAGUUUCGUUCUGUACUUUAUGUCCCAGCCAUUUCUCCAAUGGGAAAGGAUGAUAUAACCAAUUCCAAGACAAAGAAUAUUAGACUUUAUGUUAAAAGAGUCUUCAUUUCGGAUGAUUUUGAUGGUGAAUUGUUCCCUCGAUAUUUAAGCUUUGUCAAGGGUGUUGUGGACUCAAAUGACCUCCCGCUUAAUGUAUCACGUGAGAUUCUUCAAGAAAGUCGCAUUGUCCGAAUAAUGAAGAAACGUUUGGUUCGAAAAACCUUCGAUAUGAUUCUGGGAAUAUCAAUGAGUGAAAAUAAAGGAGACUAUGAGACAUUCUGGGAGAAUUUUGGAAAACAUUUGAAACUGGGAUGCAUAGAAGAUCGUGAAAAUCACAAGCGUCUUGCACCGUUGCUCAGAUUCUUCUCUUCCCAAAGUGAGGAUGAGAUGAUAAGUUUGGAUGAAUAUGUCGAGAAUAUGAAGCCUGAGCAGAAGGAUAUCUAUUACAUUGCUGCCGACAGCAUUAGCAGUGCUCGAAAUGCACCUUUCCUGGAGAGACUUCUUGAGAAGGAUCUUGAAGUGCUCUACUUGGUAGACCCCAUUGAUGAAGUUGCCAUUCAAAGUCUGAAAUCUUACAAGGAGAAGAAUUUUGUAGAUAUUAGCAAAGAAGAUAUGGACAUAGGCGAUAAGAAUGAGGAAAAAGAGAAAGUAACCAAAGAGGAAUUUAGCAAAACUUGUGAUUGGAUCAAGAAACGUUUGGGUGAAAAAGUUGCCAAUGUUAAUAUCUCAAACCGUCUGAGUUCAUCACCCUGUGUUUUGGUAUCAGGGAAGUUUGGCUGGUCUGCCAACAUGGAGAGACUCAUGAAGGCACAGACUGUUGGUGACACCUCUACUUUAGAGUUCAUGAAGGGGAGAAGGGUGUUUGAGAUCAACCCUGAGCAUCCAAUCAUUAGAGAACUGAAUGCUGCAUUCAGGAGUAACCCAGAUGAUGAAGAUGCCUUGAGAGCUAUAGAUCUUUUGUAUGAUGCAGCACUUGUUUCUAGCGGUUACACUCCUGACAAUCCAGCGCAGCUAAGUGGUAAGAUAUAUGAGAUGAUGGGAAUGGCUAUUUCGGGUAAAUGGUCGGCAUUUGACGUCCAGCACUCAGCAUCACAUACUCCCCAAGCAGAGACAUUGGAAGCUGAAGUGGUUGAGCCUGUCCAAGCUGGUGGUCAAAAAUGAAAACUGCAUGCUGUGUUUUGAACAUGGCUCCGUUUGCACAUACUAUAUGUUGAGCAAAUAUUUCAUGGGUUUCCUUAGCAAGUACCGGAGAUGUAAUGUCAGGGCUUUUUAAAAAAAAUGCAAUGUAGUGAUAAAGUUAUGCCAUUGGGAGGGGGAGAGUAGAAGUGGUUAAACAAAUUGCGAACCCAUUGGGAGUGGGAGAGUAGAAGUGGUUAAACAAAUCGCGAACCUCCUUUAGUUUUAAUUUAUUUAUUUUUCAGAAGGCAAUUACAUUCUGGUAUCAGUUUCUGAUUUA